UGGAUUUUAUUGAGUUGUGAUCAAAAUAUUUUGUAUAUUUUUUCAAUGGAUUUAAUUCCGGACCAAAAUUAUACAUCCAAUGAAUUUAUUGCCAGCACCUCAUCUAAUAUACACCUGACCUGUCCCUCCUGCCGCAUAACUAUUUCCCAAAACAGACCAAGGUCUAUGUGUCCAUUUUGUGGCAACUUUUAUGAUCCAAAUGUUGAACUCGAUAUUAGUUUGCGAUCCGAUUCCAGAAUAAGAAGCGAUUCUCACGAAGAGAUUCUUCGUUUACCACCGAUUGAUUCCGGACGACAAUUAUUACGGGUUACAGGUUUUGGACCCCUCAUUACUGAUGGUUUGGGUGUGAUUCACACUUACAUAACGGGACUGUUAUUCCGUCCCCACACUGAGGAGGACACACCAAAUCUGUAUCUAACUCUGCCUCCGAUACACAAUUCACGGCCGAGUCUUGCAAUUAGAGAAUCGCCGGGUCUAUCAGAUGAGACACAUUUCAGUAGUUAUGGCAUUUCCAAUGCAACCAAAAAUCCUCAUUUUAUUCACACAACUUUGGAAAACUCACAAUUUUCUUAUAAUACCAAAUUCAUGUCCAAUCCAAUUACUUAUCCUAAACGUGAUAAAACUCUGGAAGAAUUCAAAGAUUUAUUAAAUAAAUCGGCCGAAUGUGCGGACUAUACAGAGUUACAUGACUUUUACGAACAAACAUUUAGUUCAUACGUUGAAAUGAAUGCUCUUUUUAAAGAAAAUCCUGAACAAGAAAAUGCCAAAUUCAAUGACCCACAACUUAAACUGCAAUUUCUAUAUGCAGUUUAUGAUGAAUUGAAUCAUUUGCCUUCAUUUAUUAGCAAAACUGUGUUGAAAGGUGUGAUCGCUUCACUUACGUCUACUGACCAACUAAAAGCAAAGGAUGAAAUUCGUGCAAUAUUUAUACUCUUACAGAAUCCUAUAUUUAGCAGUCAAUCAUCUUAUAGUGUUUUCGCGCAUUUGUUGAAACGUAUUAUAAACCUUAAUAGUGGUGACCACCAGCUAUUGAUACAUUGGUUUUCAAAUUUAGCAGCUGAUAGGAUGCGAUCACUCGUUAAACGAUUGUUGCAAUUCAUAACAAUCCGAGAAUUCCCACCAAAUAAUAGACAUAAAUUACCCUCAAUUAGCAAAAGCAGAUUUUGGAUCCCUUGUGCUACUCGUGUACUGGCCCUCAUCAAUGCUGCAAAUAAUAAAGUGAUCCCAAAUGUGAUCAAUUACAUCGAGUUCUAUAAUUACGCUUUGGAUCACAUAAAUCUCAUGUCUGAAUAUUACAGAUGGCAAAACCCAUCUAAAACUAACCGGUUAACACACAAUUUCACUUUUACUAACAAGUUUUCGUAUUGUCAAUACCCAUUCAUCUUAAUUCUUCAAAGAGACUCAGAACAACAGAUGAUUUUAAAUGCAAGGCAAAGCCUAUUGAAUCGUGCGAUACACCAGCAAAUGGCAGACAUCGAUGUAUUCUUUCUCAACCUGAACAUUCAUCGGUCCAAUUUAGUGUCCGAUUCAUUAAAUGAAAUCGCUAAAAAGCAAAAUGAUUUAAAGAAGAAACUGAAGGUAACAUUCAUUGGUGAACCGGGACUUGAUAUGGGAGGGCUGACCAAAGAAUGGUUCUUGUUAUUGAUUAAACAAAUAUUUCAUGAGGACUAUGGGAUGUUUGUAUACCACAGUAAAUCCCGGUGUUAUUGGUUCAGUACAGCACAGAUGGGAAAUCUUAGAGAAUAUAAUCUUAUUGGAGUUCUAAUGGGUCUCGCAGUUUACAACUCAAUAAUACUUGAUCUCCAUUUCCCAACACUUUGCUUCAAGAAAUUAUUGAGUCCUCCAGUAGUGCCCGUCGAUGUGGAUCGUUGUAAUGUUGGCAUGUGUAAUGUGAAUAUGGAUGAUUUCACUCAAGUAAUGCCCGAUGUGGCGGUUGGCCUAAAAGAGUUGCUGUCAUACGAAGGCAAUGUUGAGGAAGACUUUUGCAUGAAUUUUCAGGUUUCAGUUGAAGAAUUCAAUGAAAUGAAAACUCAUGCCCUCAAACCUAAUGGACAGGACAUUACUGUUAAUAAUGAGAACAGAUUUGAAUAUGUCGAGUUAUAUAUGGACCUAAUAUUGAAUAAAGCUAUUUUCCAACCCUUCAAAGCUUUCUACCUGGGAUUCCAUAGCGUUUGCGCCUCCAAUGCCUUAAUUAUGUUAAGACCAGAAGAAGUGGAAGUACUUGUGUGCGGCUGUCCUACCAUUGAUAUGGAAGAGCUUCGAAAAGCCACAGUUUAUGAUGGGUUUCACGAGAACGACCUCAUCAUCAAAUAUUUUUGGGAUAUAAUCAAGUCUUUGACUCCAGAGAUGCAGAAAGAGUUCCUGAGGUUUGUGACGGGAAGUGAUAGGGUGCCCAUCAAUGGCAUGAGUGAAAUGAACUUCAAGAUAUCCGCCCAAAAUGGCAGCACUGAUAUGCUUCCCAUAUCUCACACGUGUUUCAAUCAACUUGUUUUACCCCGAUAUCCAACUCAAGAAAUACUGAAACAGAAGCUCAUUAUUGCCAUCUCUAACGCCGAGGGCUUUGGACUCGAGUGACCCCUACUCUCACCCCUUCUCUGAGCCCCACUUCACCACAACUUCCCUUCAAUUCUAUACAAUUCUAUACAUUCUUAUGACUUCUCAACUCAAUUACCACUCAAUUACCUCUAUUGCAGUCGAGUGUUAAGUCAAACCCAAU